AUGGCGACCAUUUUGUGGCCGUUUCUCCUGAGAGGCCUAGCUCGCGGCGCCCGCCCAACUCCCAGGCGCCAGUACUUCCGCCCACUCGAGCCACAGAGUAUACCCCAGCGGCCUAGAGCGGGCAACGCCGGAGCUCCGUCUACCCCUGCGCGAUCCCUCCUCCGAACUCGGCGGAGAGCGAGGGGGGCGGUGAGGUGGGGGGGGGGGAGGGAAACCAACAACAACUCUAUGGUGAUUUUGCGGGCUUCUUCGGAGCUGCUCUGGUCUGGCGCUCGGCUGCAGCUGCAACAACGGCGGCGGCAGGCGCAGCAUCCCCGCGUCCACCCCGAAGGCGGCGGCAGCUGCUGCUGCAGCAGCAGCAGAAGGAGGAACGGCAUGGACUCCCGCCCGGCCCCGCUGCCUCGCGCUACCCCCUGGCGCUCCCUGCCUUGCCCGCGCGCCCAACUCCGCCUCGACCUGGUGCUCUGUGGCGGGCAGACCUUCCGGUUAGUUGCGCCCCCUGGCGGCUCCCGAGCGCGGAAUGGCAGUCUUGCUAAGAAAGGGUGUCCCGUCCCCCCCCGUCCCCCUCUUGCUCCCUCCCUUGUAUUAUUAUCUCCAAGGUGCCCCUCUUUCGCUGCCCCCCCCUCCCCUGCUCGCCCUCUCUCGGGUUGCCACCUUCUCUCUUUCUGCAAGGCUCUUGUGCAGUGCAGUCUUUUUUCUCUCUCGUUGGCAUGGAGAUGGCAAUGAAGCUGCGCGUCCGAAAGGCACCAAAAAAGCCUCCAUAUAUGUAUAAAUAUGGCCAGCUCUGCCCUCUUGCCGAUGGCCCUGCAUUGCGCUUUCAGCAAAGCACCAUUGUGUCUCCCCCACGGAACCUCAAGAUCACCUGCAAAUUUCUAUGCAUCCUGGCCACGGGCUUGCAAAGGAUGGGUUGCUUACUUAUUAUGGCAACAGCUCUUCUUUUAAUAAUUCGGGAGAGAGAAUCCGCUUUGGAAAAAGGGACACUUAUUUAGACUGGCGGGCUACAGCACAUUUCUAACCAGGGCUGUUUUUUUCUAGAAAAGGGUGCCGGAACUCACUAUGAACGGAAAUGAAUGGCGCCCACCUGAGAGGUGUCUGAACUGAGCUCCUGUGAGUUCCCCCUGGGAAAAAAGCCCUGAUUCUAACAGCGUCUACUCAGAAGUACGACCUAUUGAAUUCAGUGGGGCUUACUCCCCGGUAGGUGAGGUUAGGAUUGCAGCUUUAACUCCAAGUCUUUCCUGCUCCCCACAACCAUCUGUGGAAAGCAGCUGUGAUCAGCGGUCGUACCUUGGUUUUUGAACAGAAUGUGUUCCGGAAGUCCGUUCGAUUGGCUUCCAAUUGCGCAGGUGUGCCAGAAACAAUAGCGGAAGCCGCAUCAGAUGUUCGGCUUCUGAAAAAAUGUUCAGAAACCGGAACACUCACUUCCGGUUUUCAGUCGUUUGGGAGCCGAAAUGUAUGAGUACCAAGGUGUUCAAUAACCAAGGUACGACUAUACAGUAUAUUAAAAACUAGGCACCAGGGUUAAACCAGGUUAAACCAGGGUUGCAGUCGCUGAAACGGAAUGCCUAGUUGCCAUUUAGGGACCAGACAGCUUGAAAGUCGUAUUUUUCAAUACGACUUUCUGCUUCCUGGUGUUCAUCUAUCUGCACAGAUAAAAUACCGCAGAUAAAAUUCUACAGGAUGUGUUGCUAGUAUGUGAAAACCAUCAAGAUCCAAGGAUCCCCAGGCAUGCACCUUCAUGUGGUGGAAACAUCAGGCACCAUCCCGGUACCUGAGUGUCUUCGCUUGGUCGUGAGUGGCUGAUAGCCAGGUGCAAAAUGUGCCUGGCGCCUGGUGAAUUUUGAAUGCUGGCUGUGAUAUGUCAGAGGGGUACAUCGGUCUGCGUGGCAGAGUGCAUGCAUUGCUUGAGGAAGGUUGCAAGUUCGAAUCUUGCUAGCCAUGAUGGCCCUGCCCUCCCUCCACUGUGGAAGGCAGUAAGUCACCAAAUACUAGUUGUUGGGAAUCACAAGUAGGAACAGUUCUCUUGUGGGCUUCCAGUGGACAUCUGGCUGUUAGUGGCAGCCUCCAACUCAGAUGACUCUGAAAGAGGAUUAGACAAAUGCAUGGAGGAGAGGGCUAUCAGCGGCUACUAGCUACAGUGGAAAUGUUCUACCUCCAUUGUCAGGCAGUAAUGCUUCUGAAUAUCAGUUGGUGGAAACCACAGGAGGGGAAGAAGAAGAAGAAGAAGAAGAAGAAGAAGAAGAAGAAGAAGAGUUUGGAUUUGAUAUCCCGCCUUUCACUCCCUUUUAAGGAGUCUCAAAGCGGCUAACAUUCUCCUUUCCCUUCCUCCCCCACCAACAAACACUCUGUGAGGUGAGUGGGGCUGAGAGACUUCAGAGAAGUGUGACUAGCCCAAGGUCACCCAGCAGCUGCAUGUGGAGGAGCGGAGACUCAAACCCGGUUCCCCAGAUUACGAGACUACCGCUUCUGCCCUCAGCUCCUAUUUGCCUAUUUCCCCCAGGCGUCUGUUUGGCCACAGUGUGAACAGGAUGCUGGACUAGAUAGGCCUUUGGCCUGAUCCAACAGGCCUCUUGUUAUGUUUUUAUCCUCCAGCAUCUCCAGGUAGGGAAACUGUGAACCGUUUGUGAAACUGUGGGAAGCUACUGCCUACCACUACAGAGCCAGAUGGUCUCAGUACGUAGCUUCCAAAAGUCUGCAUUAUUGAUCAAUAGUGUUUUGAUUCAGUUCUUUUAAAAAACCGCAGACAUCCUGCUUCUAAUCAAAUGCACGACUUCAGAAAGUAGAAUAAGCAAAUCUUUCUCGGUUCUUUGAAUUCCUUUGUGAAGGAUCACAGGACCCCAGAACAUCACCCGUCUAGGAUGUUUUUAUACCUUUGGGCUGCUACAGAACUGGGAGGAUACAAUGCUGAAUAGAAAGUUAAUAAGGGAGCCAUUUUUUUGCAGUUUGGGGGGACGCAUUUGAUGUCAGAAGAGUGUGCGUGUGAAACAAGGUGUCGUGUACAGUGGUACCUCAGGUUACAGACGCUUCAGGUUACAGACGCUUCAGGUUACAGACUCCACUAACCCAGAAAUAGUACCUCGGGUUAAGAACUUUGCUUCAGGAUGAGAACAAAAAUCGCGCGGCAGCGGGAGUCCCCAUUAGCUAAAGUGGUGCUUCAGGUUAAGAACAGUUUCAGGUUAAGAACGGACCUCCAGAACGAAUUAAGUUCUUAACCUGAGGUACCACUGUAGUUGGUGGAAGGGUACUGUAGAAUAGCGUACCAUAGCUGUGGCUGUGAGGUGGUGAUGGGCCUUGUGACUCCAAAGAUACAGGUCUUGCCACCUUCUGGAGCAUAAAGGGAAAGGCGAAGGAAGGCCUAGGUUAGCUUCUCCAAACUGCAGUUGGUCUGUCCCUGCUGCUAAUAAGCCUUGCGUUCCUCUCAGGUGGUCCGAAACCAGCCCUGGCUACUGGACUGGUGUGUUGGCAGGCCGUGUCUGGACCCUCACCCAGUCAGAAGAACAGCUCUGGUACACGCUUCAUGAAGAGGAGAAGGAGGAUGGCAGCAGAGAAGAAGACAGCCUCUCUGAGCCACCGCUGAAGAAAGGCAGGAAGCAGGCACAGCCCGAAGCCAUCCGCGCUGGUACCAGCGAGCGCCCGGGCGGCCAUUUGUCAGGAGAGCUGGUCCGGGGAACGGAUGGGCUGACUCCCUCGCAGAUCCUCCAGGAUUAUUUCCAGCUGCACGUCAACUUGUCGGCGUUGUACCAGGGCUGGUCCUAUGUGGACUCUCACUUCCGAGAAGUGGCCAUCAAGUUCCCAGGUAGGUGA